GUUAAAUAUUUAGAUUUGGAUACAUAUGACACACAUUGUAUUCAUCGAGAGGCCGGAUAUUUGCGAAGACUGCACCCGAAAUACGUUGUCGAAUAUUACGAUAGUUGGGUCGAAGGGAGCACCUUGUUCAUUCAAAUGGAGCUAUGCUCUCAUAACCUCAUCGACUUAUUGAACAUAAAGCCACAAAUGUUUAAUAGAAAAUCGGGAGAACCCAUGAAUUUCUACGAGUAUUUCGUUUCGUGUGAAAUAUUCAAAGAGCUCUUAGAAUGCGUUCAGUAUUUGCAUGAAUUGAAUCCACCGGUCAUUCAUCGAGCCAUACAUCCCUAUAAUAUAUUAUUUACAGAGAAUAUAAUGAACGGAAGGUUUUUAAAGCUUGGUGGUUUUGGCUUGGCAACUUAUCACCAGGAAGAUGAUAAGCACACAAUGGGUCUAGGAUCGGGAUUAUAUAGAGCACCCGAAGUAAACGCGAGCAAAUAUUACAACCACAAAGCUGAUAUCUAUAGUCUAGCAAUAAUUUGCGGUGAGCUAUUUGAUCUGGAUCUUUACAGGGGCGACUUGGCCCUGGUAGCUAGCGACAUAUUCGAGAUUGAUAUUGGGACAGUGGCUUCCGAUACUCAACUAUAAAUACAAAUUUAAAUGAGCCAGUAUAUUUGUUGAAAAAACUUUUGGACGACAUGUUGGCCCAUAAAUGGCAUAAUAGGCCGGA